GUCUUCUUCCUCCAUUCUGACGUCUGAUUUCUUUCUUCCUCUCCACAAUUUGCCACCCACCAUGGCAUCUUGGGUAUCCACAUUUCGCUCACCGUCACCCUGUACAGACGAUGAAAGUUGCCACUCCGUCAAAGUAGGCGCUGGCGCAAAUACAGAUCUCAUACAUGAUCUGGACCUUUCUUUACGUGACGAUAAGGCCGUGUAUAACCCUAACCCAUUUACGUUAGCGAAGAGGAAGAGUAUGAGAGGUGGAGGAAGAAAGAUAUCAAAUGGUAAAACUUUCGACCAAGCUUAGAUAUAGACCAGAAAGCUGAGGGACUGUUUCAGUCAUUUCGGCAGAGGAUAGGAUGAAAGAUGUCGUGCCAGCAGUCAGUUCUACGCCCAAAGCCGCAAAAUUUAUUGAAUAUCUGAAAACUACAUCCACUCCUGAAAACCAAGAGAAUGCAAACUCAAGUAAUAACGAGGACCUUUCUGCGACGGCCCGACGCGGCCCAAAACCUGCUGUUUGGAAUUACCUGCCACCGCCUAUCGAAGAGGAAGUGAAGCCACGCAGCAAGAAGAGCGGAUGGGUAGACAAGGACGGUAACCCAUUGCCUGAUGCCCCUCCGCGUAAGAAGUCGAUAAUCAAUAUCAUCGAGGAAAAGGAAGCACAGGAGGAAAAAAGGGCGAAGAAGGCCGCCCAAGCCAAGGAGAAGAGAAAGAGGACCAUCGAAGCAAAGAAAAAAAAGAAAACUGAGGAGAAGAUUGAGUUUGGAUUACUCCCCAAAGGUGCGGGUCCUACUGAAGAAUAUCCCAUCUUGCUCGCUCUGGAUAAGCAGAAAUCCCUCCCGACUAAAUCUCAAGCAAAGCUGAAAAAUGGCGAAGUCACCCGCUCACCGCGGCCUAAGCACAAUAUCGUUGAGGAUAUCAAUGACCUUGUUUAUGGACCUGCAAAAACAAGGAACGGCAAAGGCAAUACCGCAACCGACCCUAUCGACCUCGACCAUUCGUCUGAAAUUAGUGAUCGCAAAAGUCGAUCGGAUGGAUCUACUUCAACAUUGAUAGGGAGCAGCAAGGCCAAUAAGUCUGGUGUUAAUGCACAAAUCGGCAGGUUCUCAGCAUCGAAGGCAUCGACUCAGCGCCGUUUACCUUUCAAGGAAUCCUAUCCUUCAUCAAGCAAUCGUGAAAGAAGCCAACUUGGUAGUCCACCAAGCCUCAAACAACCUCAAGGACUAGGAACGCCUCAUACUGAUGAUACGGCCGUCGGCUGUGACUCGAUGGAACAUCCCUCAACAAUGACUCGCAUUCCAUCUUCGGUGACUCAAGCAGGCGAUAAAUCAACUACUACAGCCAGUGGUCUCCCUUACAGUUCACCUUUGGCCGGAAGGGGGAAGAUAUUAGGUCAUAUAAGGGGAGGAAAGUUGAAAGGGAAAGGUAAGCUGAUUGAAUACCUGCCUGAGUCAGAUUUGGAGCCGAAUUUGGAAGACUUUAAAUCGCUGGACGUGGAAAGAUUAGAAAGAGCCGCGGAGACUUACCAAUCUAAGGAGAUUCACAAUCCGCCAUCCCCCAUCAUUGCUCGCCCCGUCCCUCGACAGUUCCAACGUCUCGUCCCGAUCAACCGCUUCCAACCUCCAUCUCGUUCUCCCAGUCCCAUGUGGUCAACUCUACCUGUGCCCUCCAAGCGCAAAAUAUCUUCCCCCUCAUCUUCCUCAAAGGAUUCAAAGGCCUUCACUUCAAACAAGUUCCGUGUUCCAUCGCUUUUCCCCACCACUCGCAAACGCUCCCCGGCUCAAUCCCCUAGCUCGCCUAGAAAACUUACUAGACUCACCCUUUUCACGCCUACUUCGAAAGAAGAAGACGCUUGCCGACCUAUUCCGGAAAGAUCGUUGUACACCAUUAACACAAUCCGAGGUACCACGUACGCCCCGUCGGUCGUUCAUAACGAUAUGCCCGGAGGUAAAAGUCAUAGGCUCGUCGGUAUCAAGGGCAGACUGACCCUUCCUCCUGGCCGAAGCGGAUAUCCAUCAAGAACCAACACUAACGGCCUAAUGACGACGUGGAAGAACAAGAAUGAUCAGCAGACCCAAAUAUCUCAAAAUGGAUAUAGUGGAGACCCUGCUUAUGACUAUCGCGAUUACCAAAUUCGAGCGGGGCCGUCGGGGACGGGGAAUGAUUAUGACGAGGGAUACGAGGAUGAGGCCGAGGGGGAUAAGGAAGACUGGCAGUCCGCCUGGAAGAGAAGGAAUAGCGGUGGGACUGGGGUGGCGCCUGGUCAGAUGAUGGGUAGAAGGAGGUUGGAGCGGACCAGCAUAGAGGCGGAUGAGAUGGAUGCGGCGGAGCAAUACAUCUUUCAACCUCAUGAGAGGUACUAAUUCUCCGGGAUUCUUCUGCCGAGUGGUCAGAAGUGAGGCGGAUGGGGGUUUAACUAAUCUUCAGGGAUUAGCUAUUAUGCUCACGAAUUUGCUAUCUAACUGCUGAUACAGUUGUAUUUCAACUUGCCUCACUAACCUUAUGUUGUUUACGGUUUCCGAUUAAGUAUCAUUCAUUUUUCCUUACCGGCUCAAUAUUUAUACUUACUUUAUGCCAAUUUCUCGGCCAUGAGCUCAUCAUCGGUUGUGCAUUUGAAGAUUGAAUGGGUCUAUAUCCUUUGUGCAUGGCGAUCUGUGAUUAUUGAGCGAAAUGCCAUAACUCUCUUUUUUCUGGUGGCUUUCUCUAAGUAG